GAUUGUUAUGGAGUGCCGUACAUUCCCGAAGGUCAGUGGUUAUGUAGACGUUGUCAGUUGUCACCGUCGAAACCAGUUCAGUGCCAACUGUGCCCAAGCACACACGGCGCUUUCAAGCGGACCGUUUCGAAUCAGUGGGCACAUGUGGUUUGUGCUCUUUGGUUGAACGAAGUGGGUUCUGUUCCUCUAAAACAUUCAGUUGGUUCAGUCAGUGAUAUUUGUUCAUUAAGGGAACAUCUUGAGAGUUUUCCUCGUUAUGCGCUUGUUCUCUGA